GAGGAGAGGAGAGACACGAGCAGAUGGAUUCUCACUUUUACUUGUUUUCAGCGGAGCCCUGAAGGCAGCAGGAGAAGGGCUGUGGUAGUUUGUGUAACUGAUGUGACAGCUUCACAGAUCGGUCCACGCACUCUUCGUGUUCAGUCAUCACUUUGCUGUGUCUAAGGAGGAGAAGGUCUCUGUUUGCGCCAACAUGAGUGACGAUAGCAGCGCUCUGCUCAGCAGGCUGCAGCAGUUGCAGUGUCACUUCACCUGGGAUCUGAAGCCGGACGUGUCCCCAAAAAGACUGAUCACCCGAACGGAGAUUGACAUAGAGUUUCAUCAGAGUCCAUAUAAAGGAGCAGGUUGCUUCUACAGCCUUUUGGCUUAUGUCAGGUAUCUUCAGGAUCAACGAGAGGAAGCACUGAAACUUUUAAACCAAUCAGAGGAGACCAUCAGGGAGAGUUACGGUGAUGAGAGUGAGAGGAGGCUGAUUGUGACGUAUGGAGACAUGGCCUGGCUGAAAUACCAUGAUAGAGACUUUGCACAGUCACAAAGCUACUGUCAGAGAGUCGAGGACAUACUGGUGAAGUAUCCCACUGGUUCAUCAGGAAGUCUCCUUCCAGAGGUGUACGGGGAACAAGGCUGGGCCUAUUUUAAGGUGUCGAGGUCUUCUAUAUCAAAAGCCAUCGACUGUUUUCGUAAAGCACUUGAGGUACAGACUCAUGAUGUUGAGUGGAACACCUGCUACGCUGUUGUCCUCUAUUGCGGAGAACAGAAACAUAAGAAAUCCCAGGUCAUCAAACAGCUUCGCUUUGCAUUGGAGAUCAACCCAAAUAACGCUGCUCUGCAGUGCAUGCUGGGCGCGAAGCUGGCGGCCUAUAAGAAAUACGAAGAGGCUGAGGGUCUGGUGAUGAAAGCGCUACAAAAUGAUCCUGAUAACCCUCAUAUCCUCCGCCACUCAGGAAAAUACUUACGUAAUCAGAAUCGACCGGAUGAGGCUAUUGUUGUGUUUGAGCGAGGCCUGAAAAGGGGCGAUCAAUUAUCUUCCUUCAACUACCAGCUGGCUCUGUGCUACAAGCAGAAAAUAAUUGCUGAGGAGUGUCGCAGGCCCUUCAGCAACAGAGAAGAGGUGCGUAAGUGGAGGCGUAUUUGUAUCAGUCACCUUGAAGAAUCUGUGAAGAGGAAGAGACCUUUUGUCGAGGCGUGGGCUGAACUGGCACUGCUGUGUGCAGAGGCAGGGGAUAUGAGCAGGGCUGAGGAGGCCUAUCAGCAGUGCUUGAAGAAGUUACCAGAGGUGGAGGAGGAAAAGGAUUGUCAGACUAUCCAUCAGCGCUGCGGUGACUUUCAUCAUUAUCACACAAAAAAUGAGGCUCAAGCCAUCGCUCACUAUACCAAGGGGCUGCUGAUACCACUGAAAAAAUAUGAGUGGAAACUGUGUGCUAAGAAACUGAAGCAGAUCGCUGACAGACGUCUGGCAAAGAAUCGGGGUGAUGGUGAAGCUCUCGCUCUGCUGGGUCAGGUGGCCAGAGCUGAGGGCGACAGCAAGAAAGCUGCUUUUUUUUAUGAGAAAGCUCUGAACUAUGACAAAGACAAUGAAGAGUACCUGUCUGCUCUGUGCGAGCUGCGCCUGGAGCUGCAGGGAUCAUCCUCUGAUUAAUCAGGAUCACUGCAAAAACUGGCUAUAACUAAUUCUUACUUUUUGGCUCCAUGUAAGACUGUAUUUUAAUUUUCUUUUUGAGAGUGAUACACUCAGAGAGAGCAGGAUGGAAUUAAUCUUUUACAAUAUGUAUUUUAUCUUUUCGUUUCUAAAUCAUAAAAUUUGUUAUUUGCAUAUGUAUUUUUAUUUUGUUUAUAUAUCUUGGAGAAAAAUGUUAAAUGUUGCUCAAUUUUUAACAGAAGAGUAUUCAAAAUCGAUAAAUAGGAAAGUUAGGAGAGUUUAAGUGUUUAAGUUUAAGUGUAGAAAGGAAAAUCAUGUCGAAAUACUUUUUUGCAGAAUAUAACUAAUGUUGAUUAAUUCAUAAGAAUAAGAGAAAGUUUCCACCCUUUAACUGCAGCCAGGAGGUGGCAGCACAUCUCCUUUCUUCUUAGCUUUCUACUCUACUACAUGUACCACUGCUCUCAUCUCAGUCUACAAGGUCUGGAUUGAUUCUAAUGUAGAGGACAGAGUGUGUACAAUAACACACAUAAAGAUAAAUAGAAAAACCUUUUUUCUGUCUCUCAUUCUUUUUCCUCUGACACCAUGAAAACUGAAGAAAACACACAACAGCACCAGGGGCAGUCAGUGUUAACCCAGACUGAUCCAGUGUGCUGAGCUCAUUCAUGAUGAUUUACAUGUUUGAUUUGUCAAA